GGUCUAUAACUCUAAAGCGGUGAAUCCAAAAGAAACCUUUUGACAAGAGGGAGAAGUCUAGCAAUCUAGCUCACACUCCAGGCUUCUUCCACUGGAAUGUGUACAAAUAAAUACACAAUCACACUGUCUAUAGAACUCUCUCUUUACUUCUCCUUGCUUUGCAAUGGGGAGGCCUCCUCGCCGGAGCAAAGAGGGACUCACGAAAGGCCCCCGAGAAGCUCGUCGCUGACAUUCGGAAACACGGUCACAAGAAUCGCUACCGGAGAAAGCGGGCUGCGAUGGACAAACUAUCUCCGGCCGGAUAUAAAACGAGGCGGGAUCACAGCCCAAGAAGAGCUUCUCAACAUCUGGCUGCAUUCAAUCCUGCGAAAACGGUGGUCCGUGAUCGCAUCGCACAUUCCUGGACGAACUGACAACAAGAUUAAAAACUACUGGAACACACACCUCAAGAAGCAAUUGUUGCAAAUGGGAAUCCUGUGGUUCUGUUCUUCCUGAUGGCAGCUAUUUCCACCUCG